CCGCGCCGGCAGUGACACUGCUUUCCGGUCCGGCGCAGGCCUUAUCCCCCGCACUUUCGGUCCGGCUCCCCAGCGUCCUUCCGCUGUCCUCUGACCCGCUGCCGAGCGCCCGUGCAGCAGGCGCUAGCCGAAGAUGCCCGCUGGUGUGUCUUGGACGUCUUACCUGAAAAUGUUCGCCGCCAGCCUCCUGGCCAUGUGCGCCGGCGCCGAGGUGGUGCAUAGGUACUACCGACCAGACCUGACAAUACCUGAAAUUCCACCCAAACCUGGAGAACUUAAAACAGAGCUUUUGGGACUGAAAGAACGACAACAGGAACAUCAAAAUUCAACUCUGCCAAGAACUCUGUGAAUGAGAAUUAAAUAUAUAUUUUUAGAAUUUAAUGAGUGAAAUUGUUUGUGUUUAAGCACCUAAUACAAACUGCAAGAGAAGUGCUCAGUAGAUGUUAACUGAUUUAGUUAUGGUUUGACCAGGUAAUCUUGAAAACUGCCAGUUUAUAUCAUCAGCUUCUGUAGUUUGAUAGAUACCCAGAGUGUAGUUUCAGUCUCUUGCCCUUGUAACUUUGGCUUAUUUCUCUGAAUAAGCUUGACUAUAAUGGCAAAUGUGGAUUAUAAAUUAACUAUAAUAAAAGUCUGACCA